AUCAGUAGGGCUCUAAGGGUAGUACAGAGAAGACGUUAAGAUGGGCAGAUCGACAUUAGCGUUUUUGCUAAGCAUAGUCGGAUUGGUAGUAACUCAAGACAGUAGCUUGUUUGAACUGGACAUCAUACACUUCAAUGACUUCCACGCACAUUUCGACGAAGUAAGCCCGUCCGGUGGAGUAUGCAACCCGAGCGAGGACGCGUGCAUCGGCGGCUACGCCCGCCUCUACACCGCCGUCAUGCAGGCGAAGGAGGCCGAGCCUGACGCGCUGGUGCUCAAUGGCGGCGACACCUUCCAAGGCACUAUCUGGUACAACUUCCUGCGAUGGAACGUCAGUUACGUCUUCAUGAACAAGAUACCGCAUGACGCUCAUGUACUAGGCAACCAUGAGUUCGACCAUGGGCCGGAGGGCCUGGUCCCGUACUUGGAGCGCCUGGAGGCGCCGAUGCUGGGAGCCAACGUGAACACCACCAACCAGCCAGACAUGACUCCUUAUAUCAAGAACCAUAUCAUCGUCGAACGGCAAGGCAGGAGGAUCGGCAUCAUAGGAGUACUGCUCCGGACGUUCUCUGCGCCUAUCGGAGGAGUGAUCAUGGAGGAUGAACUGGAAGCCGCAAACCGCGAGGCAGCCAUACUGACGGAGCAGGGCGUCGACAUCAUCAUACUGCUUACCCACGUGGGCUUCGACAGUGAUCGAUCUCUAGCCCAGAGAGUGGUACCCGAGAUAGACAUAAUAGUGGGCGCGCACUCCCACUCGCUACUGUACACGGGCGAGACGCCCAAUGGCGACAAUGCAGUCGGCGACUACCCGCAUGUGGUCACCAGGGACGAUGGACAUACGAUCCCCAUCGUACAAGCGUCGUGCUACACUCGCUACCUGGGCGUGAUCAAGUUCUUCAUCGACGACGCCGGGAAAGUGCAGAGCUGGGAAGGCCAGCCUGUCUUCUUGGGCACUUCUAUUGUACAAGAUCCAGUAAUAAUGAUGGAGUUGGAGCCGUGGCGCGAAGAGGUGGACUCUGUAGGCAAGGAGGUGCUGGGGCGCUCACUGGUGACACUUAACCGCUCGUGGUGCUUCAGAGGGGAGUGUAACCUCGGCAGCUGGGCCUGUGACGGCUUCCUUGAAGAAAUGAUAUCUCGGGCAACCGACGCUCGCUGGAACGACGCGCAUGUCUGCAUGAUAAACGCGGGGGGGCUGCGAGUGCAGAUCAAUCCGGGCAACGUGACGACAGAGUCGCUGCUAAUGUCGAUACCGUUCGAGAACUACGUGCAAGUAUACGAUCUCAAGGGGGAGUACUUGCUGGAGGCGCUAGAGUUCGCCGUUGCGCCCACGCAGGAGCCCGGCAACUUCUAUAGCGGCAGGAUGCUGCAGAUCGGCGGUAUGCGCGUGGUAUUCAACGCGACCGCGCCGUCGGGGUCGCGCGUGGUGUCUGCGCUGGUGCGCUGCAUCGAGUGCGACGUGCCGCGUUACGAGCCACUCGACGUCGCCAGGACGUACCGCGUUGUCACGCAGAACUACAUCGGCGAUGGCGGCGGCGGGUACACUAUGUUAUCUGAAAACAGAGAAAACAUGGAAGUCCUUGACGUAGACUACGUAAUGCUGCAACGGCACAUGAGAAGACAGCAGGUCGUCGCACAAGGGCUGGACGGAAGAAUUCAGAUCGUAUAUUAACAUAACACACGUACUUUGUAUAACCUAUAUUGUCAUUUUUAAGUAUGAUGCUCUAAAGAACCCAGAGACUUAUUUUCAA